CAUCCAUCCGUGAUUUCUCUUCCUUUCUCUUCAGUUAGUUUCACAUUACAUUUGCGAGGCCACCCUCUCUCUCUCACACACAAACGAAUCCCUUCUUUCCUUCUUCUCUUCUUUUUCCAUUAAUUUCCAUUCUCAAAAUCAAAACUCCCGCACUCAGAUUUCUCUCUCUAGAUCUCCGUCUACGUAGUUUCGUCUUAAUCGAAUCCCAUGACUACCUUCGAAACCAAUCCCUUCGCCGAAGAUGAGGUGAAUCCUUUUGCCGAUGGAAGUGUUAAAGGAAAAGCUUCAGGGCAACCAAAUUAUGGUGGAGGGGCAUUCUACACUACUAACCCAGGUAGUGUUUCCCCUGCAACCUCAGCAAAGCUCACACCCCUUCCUCAUGAGCCUCAUGAUCGUGGGGCAACUGUUGACAUUCCUCUUGAUAUGCCAAAGGAAAUCAAAGCAAGAGAAAAAGAACUCCAAGCUAGAGAGGCUGAAUUGAAAAGAAGGGAACAGGAGCUAAAAAGAAAGGAAGAUGCUAUAGCACGAGCUGGAAUAGUCAUAGAGGAAAAAAAUUGGCCACCUUUUUUCCCUCUCAUUCAUCAUGACAUUGCAAGUGAAAUACCAAUACAUCUUCAGACAAUCCAGUAUUUUGCGUUUGCAACAUGGUUGGGUUUGAUUUUAUGUCUUACUUUUAAUGUUGCUGCUGUUACAGUAGCUUGGCUUAAAGGAGAAGGUCUGUCAAUAUGGUUUCUUGCUAUCAUAUACUUCAUUUCCGGUGUUCCAGGAUCCUAUACGAUGUGGUAUCGCCCUCUUUAUCGUGCUACAAGAACGGACAGUGCUCUAAAAUUUGGCUGGUUUUUCUUGUGUUACUCGUUCCACAUUCUGUUUUGCGUUCUGGCUGCAGUUGCACCUCCAAUCAUCUUCAAAGGAAAAUCUCUCACAGGUAUUCUGCCUGCAAUUGAGGUGCUGACCUACAAUCCAGUGGUUGGGAUUCUCUACCUUGUUGGGUUUGGUUUUUUCGCCAUUGAAUCACUACUGAGCAUAUGGGUUAUUCAGCAAGUGUACAUGUACUUUCGCGGCAGUGGCAAAGCUGCACAGAUGAAACGUGAGGCUGCAAGGGGGGCUAUGAUGACAGCUCUAUGAGACUAAUAGACUGGGGUGAUAAUUUUUUUUUGGAAAGUAGCACAUGCAAAUGUCUUCCCUAUUUUAGCGAUACCUACAAUUUUCCCUCUCAGUUACCAGCUCCUUGCACCUUUUGUAUUGGUUGUUUAUUCCUUAGGUUUUUUUGGCCCAAGAUUUGAAUCAAAGAAGAUUAAGAUAGAAAUCGUAGUUGUUCAUACAUAGGCUACUCUUCCUUGAUACAUAACUUGUUUCAUAGAAUGUUGUUUAUAUAAAUACUAUGGACAAUGGGACUGCCAUUGUCUACCUUUAAGGAAGGAAUGAUUUUCUCUUGAUCUCUUCUAUAUUA